AUGAUCAAUAAUUGGGUGCGAGAUCUUCUGAAUGUCCCACGCGUUGAUCAAAGCAUGAACAACCUAGGCCUUCAUUUCCUGGACAUUCUUCACAGAACCUAUUGUGGCAUCACUCCGGAAGCAGCCGCCCCCCAGAAGCCGGCCAGCUGCUGCAGGCAGCAGCUGCUGCAGUGGGCUAGCAGCUGCUGCAGCCGAGCGGCUGGAGCGGCAACUGGACAGCGAUGCUUUGAGCCUCGCACGCCCUGUGCCGUUGAGCUGAACGAGGCAGGCAUCCAGUUCGAAAAAAGCAACACUCAAAGCAUCAACGGCCUUGACUUUGUAAACGGCGUGCUGAGCAUGCCACUGUUUAUGUUCCAUGAUCAAACGGAGGUGGAACUCCUCAACCUGAUGGCAUUUGAGUGGCUGCAUCCUGACGCCGAAUACAACGUGUGUUCCUACAUAUUCUUCUUGGACAAAAUUACCGAGUCAGAAAGAGAUGUGGCGCUUCUGAGAUCCAAACAACUCUUCGUAAACAUUAUAGGCAGCGACAAGGCGGUGGUGGAAAUGUUUAACACCCUCACCAAGUUAACACGGCUGCCGGACAAUGGCAGCAGGCUGGGCCACCUGCAAAGGGAUGUGAACACCCACUGCAAGAAGCGCCGGAACAAGUGGUGCGCCAUGUUCAUGAACAACUACUUAAGCAACCCCUGGGUGUUCAUCUCCCUCAUGGCUGCCGUCAUUCUGCUCAUUGCCACCAUCAUGCAGACCAUCUACACCGUCGUGCCGUUCUACACCAGAAAGGACUAG